GUACACCUGCUACUACAUACAAGGAAUAAAGUGAGGCUCAGCGCGUGUGGGCAUAUCGAAACCCGUCCGAAACACGCUCAACUUGUUUGAAGCUUUACAUACUAGCGCAUUGAUGCACCUGCAAAUCAUCACAUUCAAAGUCUCAAAUUGAAUCACAUCGGUCGCGCUUCUUGGUUGCACAUCAGAAUUGUGCAAGCAAAGGGAGAAUGGCAGCCGCGAGCGCUGUAAGCAAUGGCGAUAGCACGGAGGAAGUAUGGGAGUGCAUGUGGUGCUACGACGGGUGGCACCCAGCCGCCGACAGGCUAGAAAAGAUCCUGCCGCCGUGGGCCAAGCUUCGACGCAUGGACCCGACCCGACCCCUGGUCGAGCAGGUGGCGGGCAUGCGCGUGCUCAUCCCGACCACGGGGGUGGUGGGCGCGGCCGACAUCGCCGCCGUGCGCGACCUGCGCCUCAUCGCGCAGCCGGCGGCCGGCUACAACAACAUAGACGUGGAGGCGGCCAAGCGGCGCGGCGUGCCCGUCACCAUCGCGCCGGGUUACAACUCACACAGCGUGGCGGAGGUGGCGCUGAUGAUGAUCCUCAUGCUCAGCCGCAAGGUGGACGAGGCGCGGGCGGUGUUUGCGCGGCGCGAGCGCAUCGGCGAGCCGGUGGGCGGCGAGCUGCACGGCAAGACGCUGGGCGUUGUGGGCAUGGGCAAGAUCGGGUCGUGCCUGGCGGAGGCGGCCCGCGGCCUGGGCAUGCAGGUCCUGGGCGUCACCUCGCGCUCCUCCCGCGCCGAGCUGGAGGCGCUGCUGGCGGCCUCCCACGUGGUGGCGCUGCACUGCCCGCUGUCGCCCGCCACACGCGGCCUCAUAGGGCGGGCCGAGCUGGCGCUCAUGCGGCCGGGGGCGCUGCUGCUCAACUGCGCGCGAGGCUCGGUGGUGGACCGCGAGGCGCUGUGGGAGGCGUUGCAGUCGGGGCGGCUGGGGGGCGUGGGCCUGGACACGCACUGGGUGGAGCCGGCGCCACGUGACGACCCGCUGUACUCCCACCCCCGCGUGCUGGCGCUGCCGCACCUGGGGUCCAUCAGCGCAGAGGUGUACGACAGGUUCGCCAACAUCCUGUGCGAGAACAUCACGCGGGCGCGCGAGGGCCGGGAGCUGCUGCACCGGCUGUGCUGAGCGGCACACGCCGGGUGGCGGUGCGAGGCGGGUGCUGGCGCAGACCUGUGGGGGCAGCUGGAGGGGGAGCAGCUGUAGGGGGGGCCACCUGGAGGAGGUGCUAGAGAGGCUGUAAUGAUGGUCACCGGGAGCAGUUUUGACGUAAGGGUGGCAGGCAGGCAGGAUGCGUUGUGUGUGUGUGUGUGUGAGAGUGUGUGAGUGUGUGUGUGUGUGUGUGUGUGUGUGUGUGUGUGUGUGCGAGCGCGUGACCCACGAACUUGAGACUUGCAUUUAUUAUUAGGUAAUCUCGCUGUGGAACCAACAGGCGGCGGUGGGCCCCUGGACGGGUGUGAGAUGAGACUAUGCAGAGGAAGGGAGAGGGCCAGAGGGGGCAGAAUGGCGCUGCGAAGCGGCCGGACCCUGCCUCCAUGGUGAACUGUUGUAGAGUGUGGACUCCGUGGGAAUCUGGUACUUCCAUAUGUAAGUACGUAACAGA